AUGGGCAAGGUCUUGGUGCCGACUCUCCUUGCAGACUUUGGUAUCCAGAUCACCUGCUGGGGUAUCUCUGCUUUCCUUCAGACUGAAAAGUUUUACGACCUGGUAGGAUUGACAUCUUUUAUCCUAUGCACAUUCUUAUCCCUGUACAAGCCCUGGGACGAGAAUUCGAUCUGGGCAAACGGCAAGAAUCCAAAUGCUCCUCACAGAGUAAUCCACUCACGCCAAAUCAUUGCUUCGGGGACCACAUCUGUAUGGGCUGCUUAUCUGGGAUUGUUCCUAUUCUCGAGAGCGCUCAAGCACGGCGACAAGCGGUUCGACAAGAUCAAGAAGAUGCCCGGUCUGUUCCUUGUCUAUUGGCUCGUCCAGGGUAUCUGGGUUGCCUUGGCAGCCCUGCCUGUCUACAUGACAAACUCGAUCCCGGCAAGUGUCCACCCUGACCUGGGACUGCAGGACUACUUUGGAAUCGCCCUUUGGGGCACAGGUUUUGCCUUUGAGCUCAUUGCCAACUACCAGAAGCAAAAAUGGCGAAAGGAGAUUGGCAGGGACUACAAGCGCAGCUUUAUUUCGACUGGACUGUGGUCGUUGACUCGCCAUCCCAACUAUUUUGGAGAAUGCCUUCUCUGGUUCGGAAGCUACCUCUUCUGUUCUAGCGCCUUCUCUGCAGCAAUGGAGAGUCCUGUUCCGAUCAUGUCGCACUGGAUGUCGCGUCUGGCGGUUUUCAGUCCCAUGUUUGUGACCAUUUUGAUCACGCGUGUGAGCGGUAUCCCGCUGUUGGAGAGGGAGAAUGAUAGACGGUUGAAGGAUGUUGUUGCGUACUGGAAGUAUAAGAAGGCGACUAGCAUGUUUGUUCCUACACUGCCACGACGAAACGUCGAGUAA